UACUCAUAAAAAUAUGUACAUAUCAUAUAUAUUUAUUAUUCAAAAAACAUUCCUUUCCGUCAUUCUUACCUCAAUCUAUUUCAGGGAUCCCUAUAUCUAAAUCCAUUUGUACCUAUGCUAUAAUACACGAUAUAGAAGAGACACGUACGCACGCAUGCGCGUUUAUAUGUAAGACUUGUGUAAUCAUGGCACAAAUAAAUAAAUGCAAUAAUCACCCGAUAAAAGAGAACAGAAGUAGAAAGAAGAAAAACAAAAAAAAAAAGAACGGCCAAGAUAAACAAGAGCAAAAGCAAAGUAUUGAAGUUUGUGUGCACACAGAGUCGACCCUGUUUGCAACAGAUCGAAACGAUAAGAAAGAAAAACCGAUAACAUUGUGUAUCGGAAUGGCCUCCGCGAUCUUCAGUGUCAUCUGGUUGAUGCAAGAAAGUAAACAUUCUCUUCUUCGGCUUCGAGGAUGCUCUUUGCCUCUUAUCUGGCCGCUAUUCAAUUUUCAUCGUGAAGCAUGGCCACUAAAACAAUGUCAACCGUUGCGACAAAAACCGUUUAAUAGAGACUUGCCUCGCCACUGUAUUUGUGUUAUGACUUGUUACAAUGAGAUGCGCACCUAUCGUGAUGCCACCCAUUAUGCGUGUGUAUAUAGAUUGAUUUGAAACUCUCAAAGGGAAUACAAGAAUUUCCAAGUCACCAAUCUAGUUGAAAUUUUGAACAGAUGUUGGAUAGAUAUUCUAUUAUAGAGAUGAAACUUUUCGAUAAUCAACUUGUUGAGUAUCAUAAAUUAUCGAUACACCAUGUGACAUGAGUUUUAAAAACAUAAUUCAGGUAUG